AUGGAGAUAAUUGUUAUAUAUUCUACUCAAUCUGUAAGAUUUAGACAUUUAAGCGUGUUAGGAUCAAACAUCAAACGAGGAAACAUUUAUCUCAUUUCAGGGUUCGUUAAAUUUUCCGAUUCUGAUAAUUCACCAAAAUCCCGCACAAUCAUUGAUAUCAUCGCCGAUGAUAUUGAAUUCAGUACCGCACAGACAUUCAAUAACCAAUCCUUCACUAAUCGUGAUGGCACCACAGCCUCUACAUCAUCAUCUAACAUCUUUCCUACCUUUACUUACACCGAUACGGGAGUCAAUUCAACUUCUGAUAUAAAAGACUAUCCGAAUUCAGGAACAGAGAAGAAUGACAAACCUCAAACUAAUCACGAAGAAGUACUGUUUUCCGAUGAAAAUAACAAGUCGACAGGUGAAAAUGAGCAUGAAGAGGAUGAAGAACAACCUAAAAAGAGAAAACGGAGC